AUGUCAUCACAAAAACGAUUAUUACUAUUAUUAUUCAAAGUAAUAGUAAUUAUUAGUUCAUUGGCACCGAUACCUAACGGUGUCCACUGUUCAGUGGUAAAGGACGGGUCGGAUGAGGAACCGGCGGUAGUGGCCAACUCAUUGGACAACAAUGUGGUCAACAAACACGACGGUGAUGACAACGGCAACGACGGUAACACCGGCUAUAUUAUUACCGAAGACGGCGAAGAUGGUGACCGAACACACCUAUACCGACCACCGCAAUAUCCGUGGCUACCCGAACCAACUUUGUGGCCGCCGAUAACAUUUCCGCCAACUCUAGGACCGUGUGGGCCGGGUCAGCCUGGCCAACCUGGUGGACCUGGCGGUCCUGGAGGUCCAGGUGGACCGGGUGGUCCUGGAGGUCCAGGCGGUCCUGGUGGACCUAACGGACCAGGUGGCCCUGGUGGUCCGGGAGGGCCUGGAGGUCCUGGUGGCCCGGGUGGACCUGGCGGACCUGGUGGUCCAGGUGGGCCGGGAACUCCCGGUACUCCCGGCGGUACGUGUCCACCAGUUGCCAACAAUACCUGUUUCAACUGUGUGUGCAACUGUCCGCCCCAGGGCUGUCCUAUAUGUCCCAUACCGUUUAUGAUUGGCGGCCGCGAAGUCGCCAACAAUAGCAGCAGCAGCAGCAGCGGCGACACCAUCGAUGAUGAUGUGGAUGGACAGGGGUCGUGGACUAACGGAUCGUCAUCAUCAUCAACUCGGCAAAAACGUCAAGUACUGGCCAACUGUUUUACGGCCAUACGGGCGGCUAGUAUACUGGAUGCCGGUACGCUAAUCGGUGCUGUAUUGGCCACAUUGUUAGGCAAUUUGGCCUACAUUUUGGCUACAGUACUAACCGGUAACAAUUCACUGGAACUGGCAGUCCUACCCUUGACCAACACACUGUGCUAUCUGUUGGGUCUGGUAUUGCUAUUGUUACGCAGUCUCGGACUGUUAGGUUUACUAGGGUUUGGCGGCCUGUUGUCCAAUAUAUUGAGCGGCGGUGCUGCCGGAGCUAUAUCUAGCGGUGCCAGUGCUAUAGGAGGUGCUGGUGGCGCUUUAGGUGGCGGUGGUGGUGGAGGAGGACUGGGUGGUUUGGGAGGUUUAGGUGGUUUGGGUAAUCUUACUGGUGGUGGCGCUUUGGGUGGACUAGGAGGUGGUGGUGGUGGUGGUGGUGCACUGGGAGGGUUAGGAGGAUUAGGUGGCGGCGGACUAAUAGGUGGUUAG